AUGUUGGCCAUCGUUUAUGCGGUCGAGAAAUUUAAUGACUACACGUUUGGCAGAAAAGUUACCGUCUACAGUGAUCAUAAACCUCUAGAAAGUAUUUUGAAGAAACCUCUUCACCGAGCGCCCAAGAGACUGCAGGGUAUGAUGAUCCGUCUCCAGAAGUAUGACAUCGAAGUGAAAUAUGAGAAAGGAAGCAACAUGUUCCUUGCUGAUACGUUGUCCAGAGCGAGCAUUCCCGGUGAUGGGAAAAGUGGUCCAGAGUUCGAGACUAUCAACAUGAUGAAGUACCUGCCAAUUUCCGACGAACGAUUAAAGGAAAUACAACGAGAAACAAAAAGCGACGAGUCCCUCCAAGUCUUGACGACGGUGAUUCGGCAAGGGUGGCCAGAGCAAAAAGAAGAUCUGCCAAAUGUUGUAACACCCUACUUCAACAUCCGAGACGAGAUGUCGAUCCAAGAUGGUCUGGUAUUUAGAGGAGAAGAAGUGGUUAUCCCGCAAGCAAUGAGAAGCAAGAUGCUGGGAAAAGUCCACAACUCCCACCUGGAAGUAAAUGGUUGCUUUAAUCAAGCUCGAGAGUGCCUUUACUGGUCCGGUAUGUCCAACGAUAUCAAGAACCAUGUGUCAACCUGCGAAGCCUGUCGUGAGUAUGAGAGAAGUCAGCCAAAGGAAACUUUAUUUAGUCAUGAAGUGCCAAGUCGACCCUGGAAACGUGUAGGAAUAGACUUAUUUGAACUAGAGAGAAAACACUAUCUAGUUACCGCUGACUAUUUUAGUGAUUUCUUUGAGCUGGAUCACUUAAAGAAUAUUUCCUCAGUACACGUCAUUAGGAAAAUCAAGAGUCAUUUCGCGAGACACGGCAUACCCGAGCAGGUGAUAACGGACAAUGGCCCGGAGUUCGUGGCACACGAUUUCCAGAUAUUUACUAAGGAAUGGGACUUCGAGCACAUCACCUGUAGUCCAUACCACAGUCAAGCAAAUGGUAAAGCCGAAAGCGCUGUACGUAAAAGAAGCUAAGAAAAUCCUAAGAAAGUCGAAGAAAGCAAAGUCAGACGCGUUUUUGGCGGUUCUUGACCAUCGAAAUACUCCCUCCGCGAGCAUGAAGAGCAGUCCAGCCCAGCGUCUGUUGAAUAGGCGGGCGAGAACCUUGUUGCCAACAACAGCGAAGCUGCUGCAACCUCAAUCCAUUGACAGCGGUACCACGGUAGAGAAACUAGCGGAACGGAAAAGACAACAAGCCAAGUAUUACAACAGGGGAGCUGUCGAUUUGAACCCUUUGGAUGAAGAAUAUGAAGUUAGGAUAAAGCCGUUUCGUUUGGGAAGAAUGGGUGGCUCUGGAGGACAAAUGAGCCCUUCUAAAGAAAUGGGCAGUAAUGAAGCAAGGACAGAAAUGACAUGUUUACCUGCUGCAGAAGAUAACGGUGCUGUACGAAGAUCUGGAAGAGCACGGAAACCUCCGAGCUACCUAAAGGACUUUGUAUUGAAAUAGGGUCGGGAUUACACUGAAGUGUAAUGCCACGAACACGAAUUACUCAUAUCGUACAUUUAUUUAAUUUUAACUAUUAAUCGUAGUUCAUAUAGUCCUAAAUUUAGUUAUCGUAUUUCAGUACGGACACGGACAUUUAUUAUUUAUAUAUUUUAAUUUAUUGUUUUAUUAUUAGAUCCCAAGUACUCAGCUUCAAAAAGGGAAAGAUGUCAUAAUAGUCAUUAGGACGUUAUUAUAAUGUUAAUUAGUUAGGUACCUAUAUAAUGGCAUGUAUAAUUUGUUGACGAGUCAGUUGUAAUACAUGUGUUGAUCAAGCUAAGUUUAUGCUGUUAUAACAACUACCAGUUCCUUUUCCACCUCAUAAUGAGUCAAAGAAUUCAAUUAUACUGUGACUGGUUUCAAAAUCUCAACUCUUAUUCUUGAUAAUACUAAUGUAUAAACAUCAUACUGUAUAUUGAUAUAUAUCAUAUCAACAACUAAAAGGUGAACAUUACUUACUAAUGCUUCUUGCUCCAUUGCCUUCACCAACAACAUCCUCUGCCACCAAGUCUAUAUGAUUCACAAAAUAAGUAAACUCAUAUUACUGAGAAUGUUUUCAUAAUGAUAAGACUGUGUUUAAUUGACGACAAAUAAAUGAAAAUACCGGUCAGUAUAAUCUGCAGACCAGGCUGGGUGUGGGGUAUAAAAAUAAAUGCAGACUGGGGAUAAAAUGCUGACUAACGCCAAAUAAUUUGCGGUCGGGUGACAGAUCACUGUCCUGAUUUAACUGGUACUGUACUCGUACCCCUAGUCAGCAUUUUAUCCCCAGUCUGCAAUGUCUACAGAUUAUACUGACUGAUGAAAAUGCUGAAAUUAUACGGUCACAAGGCUUAGUGAUGUAGACCUCAACCUUUAACUUACACCAAACUGUGAAACAUUAGUUUUGGUGAAAUUAGAACAUAUACCAAGGAUCAAUUUGAUACACCUUGGCUAAAUGGUUUAUCUGACCACUUAGCCCCAAGAUGUUUCCCCCCAACUUUUACCUUCUGCCUCUGUCUGGCCAGCAACUACUGAAGCAUACUUAUGUAUUGUAUCUUCACAGACAUCAUUAUGUGCUUCUGAGAAGCCACUAAACGACACCCAAGAAUGAUUGCUAAGGGAAAAUAACAAUACUUAAACACAUAAAUUAAAAUUUCAAAAAGUAUGGCAUCAAUACCUUAAUUUAAAUAACGCAACAUAUGCACAUCUUACCUUAGAGCUGGAAACCACUUGUAAAGGUUCAUCUCCAUAAAUGUAACGUCACUUAUUUCAACAAUAUCAGCUGGUUUCCCAUAAAAAUGAGUGCCAGAUGUAUCGGUGUAGUUGCAUAUAUCAUAAACAUGAGAACAUCGUCUACACUCCAGCGUAAUUUUAGUGCAUGGGAUAGGGCCUUCCAACGUAAACAAUUUAGCCUUCGACGGGUUGUUUCUGACAGUCAAAUUCUCUUCGCAAGACAAACAUAUUGGAACUGGAGGAGUUAAGAAUUUAUUAAAAGGGAUUUCUUCCUUUUUCGUUAACUGCUAUAAAUGCUCUUCAUUAUCAACAUGUCGGAGAAACGCAUCGCAAUAUUUUUCAAUAAAUUUGAUAUAAGUCGACAAUUCUCCAAUCGACACCUUUGCGCAUUGUCCGUUCGCCGCGGCCAUGCUUGUAAAUAACUUGAAAAUAUAAUUCGUUCGAACUGGAACGCCAUUUGUUACUCGAUUGAUGUUAUCAGCAACAUGUCUUAUAGCAUCGCACAAGAAGUAUAAACAUCUUACCGACAAUUUAGCGCUAAGAAUAUGAAGGGCUUCAUCUUCGCAAAGAUCGACUGCGCCCGACAACAAACGCUCAAUAUCAACAUCUUUUAAUUCGGAUAUUCUUUCUCGAAUGCCUUCAAUAUAUGCUUUAUCCGCUGUGGCCUUCUCUUUUAUUGCCUCGUAAUUGAGAAGAUUAACACAUUUUCGUUUUUUCCCCUGAUUAGUUGACAUUUUUAUACGAAAAUUUUGAUCGCCAAGCCGUAUGUCAGUAUGGAAGUUUGCAGCAUCACGCGAUUCGUAAUUUGCGCAGGCGCAGAAGCAAAGGCACGAUGGCACGCGUGCUUUUGGAGUGAAAUAUAACAUGCUGGUGUAAUUUAGGCUUCAUAUGACUUGGGGGCUUUUAAUUUUGAGUCUAAUAUAUAAUUUAUAGACCCUCCGAUCGGGGGAUUCGGUACCCUCAGUGAUGAUAUUUCCCUCGGGGCAAAGCCCCUCGGGAAAUAUCAUCACUUUGGGUAAUAUUUCGCCGAAUGUCCCUCGCUCCAGGUCUAUAAAUGAAAUUUCUCCAUACAACGGCUUCUCAUUCGUUGCGUAUCAUCACUAUCAUGGAAGUUGGUGACAGGUGUCGAAGGCUAAAAUUAUGAAAAUAAGUCAACAGUCGAACAUGUAUAUAUCGAGCAUCUGUUGUUUCCCUGUCAGUAAGAUGACUUAAAAUAUCAAACGUGUUAGUACGAAAACGAAUGCGACUAUUGAACAUUAUCAAAGGACGAAAGAACUAAAUUUCUGUUAAAUUUGGAUAAAAAGUGGAUGAAAAAAUAGAAAAUGUUUGUCUUGCUAUGUCGAACAGAGUAAAAUCGAAUGCGUAAUAAGCCCAUUUAUGCAUGAUAUACGUUAAGUGCCUUGUUCUGUAAUAAUUUCGAGAAAAAAAGUAUGCUGCGAAAAUGUUGCUCUUGCCCGCUACUCUCCAUUGCUCAAUGCAAUGAUUUUUAUACACACUUUGGUAGGUAGUGAUUCUAGCUUAUUUUAAUUGGGCAACGAUCGUGACUGCCAGCUCUCAUCAACCCUCAAUUUCGUUUCACCGGCGCUUAAGUGUGUCAUUGCCAUAAAUUAAAAACAGGUGUGACCAAUUUGAGCGACUGUAUUGUGAUAAUAAACUUUUCAACCGUUGCGUUGCUAUCGCGUUAAUUCUUCAAAAGUCGCGCGAGGAUGGAAUCUAUUUAUUUUAUCAACCUGUUGUUCAUAUUUACUGUGAACGUAUUUUUCUUUUUCUCGGGAAUAUGUUUAAAUUCCUUGGUCAUAUUCAGUUUCUGGAGGUUAUUUCAUGAUAAUGGUUUUGUCUUGUUGCGAUUUGCUUACGGUUUCAACUAAUAAUCCAUUGAUGGCGCUUAUCACGAUGUUAUCGUUGACGGCAAAGGUAGAAGUAAAUACUAGAUGGGCUUAUGUCCCCUUAAAAUCGACAGGUAUUUUCCUUCGUUUUUCAUUAUUCGCUCUUUUGGUGAUGAAUUUCGAUCGUUAUUUGGCGACAUCUUAUCCUAUUUUUCAUCGAACAUCGGUAACGUAGGGAAAACUUUUAACACUUCUUGCAAUACUGUGCAUCGUCGAAAUAACUUUGAAUGUAAUGUCUUACUUAGUUAUUUCCGACGGAGUACAUGUUCUAAUUAUUUCUAUUCUUCUCAUUCCUCCAAUGUUAUUCAUCAACUACAAACUGUUUAUAGUCGUCAGGAGAAGUCGUAAAAACAAAAGAAUAUCACCGGAAAUAAAAAAAAAUAUUUAUUUGAAAAACAUAUCGAGUUGUUUGCUAGCAGUCGCUUGUGUUGUGGUGAUAUCCAUUCCAACGUUCAUAUACAUCGGACUAACAAUACGCUCGACCGAUUGGACUAAUAAUGCAGUUAUUGCAAGCAUCUGGAGUAGAACCAUCCUUUUGAUGAAUUAUACAUUUAACUGUUUCAUCUUUUACUGGAAAAACAAGGUGUAACGUACCGAAGGAUUGAAAGUCCUGAAAAGCCUGAAAAUAUGUGGACGGGUUGAAUCCUAGUUGCACCAAUAACCCUUCUUCAAGAAAACUUAACGCUCAAAGGGAACUCUAUCCAUUUAAGUAUAAUUUAGUUUGUCAUUACACUGUUUUCUUGUGGCUUAUUUAACAAUAUCUUGAUCAUAGCAAAUGUGAACGCAACGAACUAUACACUUAUAUUCUUCUAUAUAUCAUCAUCACUAUAAGAAAGACAGCAUAUAGCUAUUACUAGAGUAUAUAAGGAACUGUUAUUCUUGUAACUUUAUCCAUUCCAGAAGAGGACUAAAAUAUAGUCGAAUAGAUCGUAGAAAAAUAAAAAUGCUUUCAUUUAUUUAUUUAUGACAAAAUCAUUAUUUACAGGGUGUAAUAAAACAUUUGCCAUGUUAUUGUGCGUUUAGUAUUGGGUAUAUAUAUAGAUUUAAUUUUCCCAUCCUUCUAAAGAGUAUAGGCCUUUAGCUAUUGUUUUAAGAUUUUUUGUAUCAUUGCCUUAAAAACUGGUCCAAUUCCAAGGUAUUUCUCCUUGGAGGUAUAUCAAUCUAAAAUCUCUUCAUUUUAGCAUUAUUUGGCAGAUGGAGAACUAAGUAUACUUGAUAAGUUUGUUUGCCGAUUGAGAAAGGUAUCAUUGAAAAAUUUUGAUUGAAAUCAAAUGGUAUAUUUUACUUGUUACUUUUAGAGCGCAUGUUAGAAACGUACAAAAAAAUCUCCUGUUAAUUAUACAAUGUGAAUAUUCCAAACAAAAAUUUUUAAUGAUUAAUUAUUAAUUAACAUGAUUCAUUUCCGACAGUACUUGAAUGAUAGUUGAAUAAUUAAUUGUGUAAGAAAGCUGCAAUAAUAUUUUUUCAAGCAUGAAAGCAUUGGUAGGCUACAGAUUAAGCUAUAUAUUGCAUGCAUGAAAUUUAAGGCAAAAAAAAGUUUAAAGAACUAACAUUGCCAGCUUGAAAGAGCAAUCAUAUGGUGAUUUAAAUAAAUUUUCCACCAAAUACUAUUCAUUUAUUUUAAAUUGUCGCAAAAUAAAUGAUGUUCUCAUCAAGACGUUUCACAAGCUAUUUACAACAUUCGCGUCCGUGUUGGGUCGGAUAUACAAACUCUCGUCUGCGCCGCGCGAGUUUGUAUAUCCGAUGCAACAUGGCCGCUCAUGUUGCAAAUAAAUAUUUAAUGCACUAAUUCAUUAAGCAAACAUUCUAAGACAAUUAAGAAACCAAUUUUAUAUAGUAACUACAGUGAAACACGCAAUUUGAUUGGUCAACAGCCGUGCAGGAUCAGACAAUCCUGCACGGGAAAUUCUGAACAGAAAUUCUUGCACAUAAUUUUACAAAUAUACUCGCAUUGUAAAGUUUCAUUGUACGAUACCUUUCGACUUUGAAGUAAGUUUCCAAUUAUUGAGACGUUGGUUUAGUUGUAUGAAUAAAUUUGUGAUUGAUACAUUGCUAUUCAGCAAGUAUAGCAACGCGUAGCGUUGAAAUUCACUAGACCAUGGGAUGCAUGAUCAAACGCUUCGCAAUCUUUACAUAUUCAGGUCGAGAAUCUUCAAAACUACUUUGACUCUCUGUUUAGCAGGUUUUCCAUUUCAAAUUUCGUAUAUUUUAUCGGAAAAGUCGCUGUAUUUUCGCUGUAUACUUUCGCGAAUUUGCGAUCAAAUUCUGUUCACAUAUGUUGUUGUUUUCAAUAGCGUGGAGUAGCGAUUCUCUGAUUGGUUAAUUCACGAAUGUUGUGAGAACUGCACAUUUCAUCAGUAAUUUUAAUCAAGUUAAGCGUCGUUUCACUGUAGUAAUUUUAUAAAACAAUUACCAAAUGGUUUUCCCGUGCAGGAUAACAUGAUCCAUGCACUUGGGAUGUUGCUCGACUUUCGGAAAGCGUAAAAAUACACUCGCCUACGGCUCGUGUAUUUCUACGCUUUCCGAAAGUCUCGCAACAUCCCUCGUGCAUGGAUCCCGCAAUCCUGCACGGAAAACCAUUCGGUAUUCCUUUAAUGACACACAAUGUUGUGGGAGAAGAGUUGUUUCGGAGAAAUGCUUCAAUUUCUCCUAAAUCUCCUUUUCUGUGGCCAAUGUGUCGCCCCACAGACACACUAUUAUAGCAAUAUGAUUAUGAUAUAAUUUUAUGUCCUCAGGGAUCGUGGUCCCCCCAUGUUGCUCUUUACCCAAGAGGUGGUAGCUCCCCGAGAUUGGCAUCCUAAAUGUACAAGGGGUCUAGUAUCUCCCCGUGAUGAUCAUUGUUUCCUUUACAAUACACUGCAUGUAUAAUUGAUUUGUGUGAGUCAAUGGAGUUGCAGAUUUGACCUUUAUUGGGCUACACUUUGAGACCACUCCAUCCCCAAUUCAACAACCAAAUAUUUUUAUUUUUACGACAAGACUUUCAAAGUCAAUUCCAAUACUGAUAAUUACAAAAUCUAGACGCGCCUGUAAUCCCCGAGCCGGCGACGCGAAGCGCCGUGCGAGGGUACUAAUUCCCCCCCGGCUAUUUACACCCGGGGAAACGAAAGCAUUAGCGAAGUCUAAUGUUCAUCAAUGAGCGCGGGCGUCGGUCACCAACGAUGGGUGGUCAUCCUCACUGAUCUCAAAAAUAUGGCGGACUGUCAUGAAUAACGGACACUGAUUGGUCCAAUUUAAAGUUUGCAUUAUAACGGCUGCAUGACGACAGCGAAAUAGCAAACAUUUCUUGAUUUGAUGAGUUGAUGAUUGAUAAAUUUCUUGCAAAUAUUCUUCAUUUUUGCUCGUAUUUCUGCAAGAUUUUGUAAAUUUCAAGAAAGAAAGGGCGAAAGAAUCAGCUAAAAGAAGGGAGCCGACGUUAACGAAGGUAAGUUUGUUUUAAAUAUUGAUUUUAUAAUGGCUUUAAAACCCGACGGCCUUUGCGUAUAUGAAACAACUGAACAAGACAGCAUAUAAUUUCAGUGUAUCUUUAAUAUUGGUUCCCUUUUUUAUUAUAUUGAAUUUUUUAAAUAAAAAUAAAGCAAAGUUAUUUGCAAGCGAGAAUUUGAAAUCAUUUUAUUGCAAACUCAAAGUUUAUCGAUAAAGCCAUUUAAUAGUUAAAGGCAGUUUAGUUUUAUAAAGAACACUUUAAAACGUUUUGUGAAUUGUUUGUGGUUGAAUUUUACCUUAAAUUGAAGCUUGAAUUACGUAUAAUUACAUACCUAACAUAAAUAUGUUGGGAAAUUGAUAAUUUUGUAAUUAAAAGUGAUAUUUUUAGGGAUUUUCAUUUGUAAGAAUAUUCUUAAAAAAUUAUCGUGUUACCAUGACAACUACUUUUGAUACUUCAUGUUCGGAAAAUACAACGGUUUUGUCAGCAAGGCGAGGGUUUCUGCAUGCAUGUAUUUUCUAGUAGCAUAUUAAUUACUCCAAAAUACCAUCAUGAGUUGCAGUCCAUUCGAAUCUUGAUGACGGAUUGCAUAACAAAAGAAUAUUUACAGAUUUUUAUUUAUUUAUUGAUAUUAGUUAAAAUAAAGUGGUGCAAAAUCAUUGAAGUGUGGGAUGGGUGGUAAUUUCCGAAAAUAUUUUGCCGCAGAGGUCGUACACUUUUGCGAGCAAGGGACACAAUGAGGCUUACUGAUCCAAGUAGGAAGCUACAGGGUGUAUCAAAAUAAACGCAAUUCAUCUUUUGUGCUUAAUAGCUUUCGAAAUACUAUUUCUAGUUAAACGCUUUUAAGCUUAUUUCAAAGCCUGUUCUUUUCUCUUUCAAACAAACUAUUAUCCUUGUCUCCAAUGCUAGUAAUAAUUGCACAGGAAAAGAUUUAGUAAAACCUAUCAUUUUUAGUUGCUGUUUAAUUAUGCAAGUUUACUAUAUUAUUGUUUAGUCGGUUUAAAUGUUAGAAUUUUCUUCUUUAAACUUUAAUGUUGUCGUCACUACAUCUGGAAAACCACGUAAGAACAAAUUAAAAGUAUUUCAAAAGAGACCAGGUUGUUUGAAAAUCCUAAACGAAUGCUAAAAAUCAUAGAAUCAAAACAUUCUGGUGUCUGAGCCAGAGUGUCAUCGAAUUACGAUGUUAUGUAAACAGAAAUUAUAGCAAGCUGAUGUCAGUCAGCUUAGAUGGUCCAACCCAAAAUUAUAUCGCAUUUGAAGUUUCAAACUGUGUUAAAAAUAGUGGAAGAAAAGCCGUAAUUAUACUUAUUGUUACAAUCCAUUUAUUAAAAUGCAACAUUUUUUUGUUUUAAUGAAAAAAUCAGUUGUUUUCAUGAGAACGAUUUGUUAUUCCAUCUCAAUUUUUUUAAUCUCCAAUCGCAAUAACGUAAAGUAUUAUUCCCCGCGAACCAAUGAGUCAAAUUUAAGAAACCACCCACUGUUAGAAAGCUGAAUGGCUACGCUUUAAAAUUAAUGUAAACUUUAACGUUUUCGUCUAUUAUUUGUUUAGCAAUUUACAUUUCAGUCGAGGAUUGCGCUUUUUUUGAUACACCCUGUACAUAUAUGCAGACGAAACCUGAUUGGUCUAUUUUCCUGCACGCAUGGGAAGAGAUAUGACAAUGGUUCGUUGUUAAUUCAGCCUUCGCUUUGCAUGUGUAUGACCACAUAGUUCACAGAUUGACCUUUGUACCAGACCUUUGAACUCCAGGAAACUUUGCACAACUUUACUUUUGCUCGAACGCUCAUUAACUUAAGUUUAUAAUGUAUGGGCAUGUAUAAACUUGCUAACGUAAAACAUUAGACUGAUCCUUACCUCAAGUUGGCCAACUUUCUCCUCAGUAAACUCAUCACUUCCAGCUUUGACUUCUUCAUUAAUUCCUUGAAGAUUUUUUCUCUUUAUCAUCAUUAAAAUCAGUUGCUGUUACAUCAUGUUUUCAACAAACCUUAUAGCCACGGUUUGGCUAUUAAAAGACACCUGUUUUCGGCACAGGUCACGGUUUUCUGAAAUCUAUAUAUGCAGGAAGUUUUAUAUUUGAAUUACAUAGAAAAUUUCUACUUUGUAUUUUGUAUUUUGUUGUUAGUAACUGAGAAAUAGAUUUUCUAGAUCUGUUAUACAAUUUACUGAACUUUUUAUGUAUGCUCAGCUUAACAUAAUGUAUACGAAAUAUUGAUCAAAGACACCUCAAUCACAGUUUCCUUCGCUCGAACGGCUGCUCGAUCUUCUUUGAAAUUUCCAAUCUUAUCAUCAUAUCUAAGGGAUUUACCAGAUCGAUUAUAGCAUGCACAAGAUUCUCGUCAUCAUCCUGCAAGGGUUCUUCCUCAAUGCGAUCAUUUCUUCUUCUUAAACAAUUGUAGAGAACUGCUGUUUCCACAAUAAUUGUAAGGGGGGUUGAAAAAUUUGUUCCUACAUUGAAAGGCAAGGAUUCAAGCUCUUCCAAAGCCCAAUCAUCCUUUCCAUUGUAUUUGUUGUUCGAAUGUGGGAUGCAUAAUCUACGUUAUGGGGGUGUCUGCGGAUUCACCAGUGACGUCAUCAAGUAUGGUCAACAAGGAUAAUCAUUAUCACCGAGAAGCAUUUCUUGGAUGUGACCAUACUCAAACUGGGCACACAAACGACUGUUUUUAAAUAUUCUGGAGUCAUGAACGCUUCCGGGCCAUAGAGGAUUAAUAUAGAUUUGUAAUUUUCGAUCUGGUCCUGAAACGGCUCGAACAUUGAUUGAAGAAAAACCCUUUCGAUUGGGAUUUUUAUAUAUGUACGUACAGUCAGUCAAUCGUCCCAGCAACGUUCAGAAAUGCACAUAUUCUCCAGAAGUCAAGUUUAAUCAACCUCGUUACCAGGCUCUUUGAAAUGUCAGUGUUCUUUGUAUAAUUAUGUUAGCAGAAGUGUUUUUGAUAAAGAUUGAAUAAUAGCAAGGAUUAUUUUGGCAAAAAUAAGUCAUACACUAUAAAUACGGCAAACACUAUAUUUAUUUGGGGAGAUAUUUGUGCGCGUAUUCUUAUUCUUAGUUUUGCGUGAGGUUUUCCUAAAACACACAUAGAUAUUCCCUGCAAUGGCUGCAUGGGAUAACUUGAUAAAAAUUAACCCCGUUAUUUGUGUCGGAUAUAGACGUCGGAUAUAGAUAUAAACUCUUUUAGUACUACGUUGCCAUGCAGUAGAGUUUGUUGGACGAAGCUUAGUUACCAGUAAAAAAUUAAGACAAAUAUUAUAAAUUUAUUUAAUUCUUCCUCUUGUUAGGAUAAUUAUCAAAUUAUUUCCUGUUAUUAAAUUAUUUCCGUAUUGUUAUUACUAAAAAUUAUUAUUAUUAGAUUAUUUAAUUAACUAUUAUUGAUAUUAUUAUUGUUAUAUUAUUUUAUUCCGGAACCAUUAUUUAAGCAUUAUUAUUAUUAUUAUUAUUAAAAAUUAUUAUUAGAUUAUUUCAUUAUUUUAUAAGAACAGGUGUGCGUGUUUCAUUAAAUUAUUUUUUAACAGAUAAGAUGCUAGUCAUGAAAAUGAUGAUGCAUUUUCUUCUAAAAGAUCGCUUUUCUCUUCAAUUUAGCAAAUUCUCCAUCUCUUCACUCCAAAAUUCGUAAUGAUAUUCGUAAUGUUAAAUAUUUCAUUUUCACGCCAUAGCACAAUAAACAAUAGGGGAAUAUUCGUUUCAAUUUGUUUCCUCUGGUUUCAUUAUCAAUUAUUUUCUGUUAUUUUCCCCAUUAUUAAAAAUAUUGCUCGUACUAUUAUUAUUAAAGUACGUAAAAUUAAUAAUUAGCGGAUGAGGUUGAGAGUGGUGUCGAAAAUUAUUAAAAUGGUCAAGGUUGUGUUAUCUGAUAAUACGAACCGAGGCCUUGAUAAUUUCCGAUAUCACGCGAAAAUCGACUUCAGUAAUUAUUUUCUUAAGCGUAUUUAUGAAAAAACAGAAUUAGAAAAUAAUUCUACAACUUCAAAUUUUAUUCCGCUUCUUUUUAGCUUUUGUACAUCGUUUCCAUGCAGUUACCGAGGCGAAUCUCGCAAUGGCUUUUUAUUUUUUGUGUGCAAAGAAGCUCCUUCUGCUGGCGUGGCGAUCAUUUUCUGUUCACGUCAUAUUCAUAUUAGAAACAUAUUAUCUGCAGAUGUGAUGUCAUAAUUGCACAAUGUCGUCAAGAUUUUUGCAGGCCAGCAGUCACUAGGCAAUCAAAACAGAGAUUGUAUAGUAAUCGUAAUAGGAACAAUAAUUAGGAAUAAUAUUACGAAUUUGUGUUGCUACUUGAUUAACUAAUUGUUAUUAAUAAAUCAUAUUUUCUUAUUAUUUUCCAUAAUCCCAUAUUAAAAUUAUAUUAUUUUAUUUAUUUAAUUAUUAUUAUUAUAAAUUUAUCAAUAUUAGACUAUUUAAGAACAGAUGGAUAAGGUGAAAUUCAUUCAGCAGGUUAGUUGUGAAUUAACAGAUCAUGAAAAUGCUGAUCUAUUUUCUUCAGAUCUUUUUGCUUUUCAAUGUUGCAAAUUCUGCAUCUCUUCACUUCAAAAUUCGUAAUGGUAUGUAUUUCAGAUUCAACUGAAAAUUAUAUUUCAAAACGUUUAAAUAUUACAAUUACAAAAACAAUAUUUUGGAAAAAAUUCGUUUAAAUUUAUGUUUUCUCCGUUUUAUAUGCAUAUAUUUUUCGACAACUUUAAAUUAAAAUGUGCACGGUAAGGUUACUUUCGUGAGCAAAGAAUGCCAAUAUUUGUUCUCGUCAAAUACGCGGUGACAGAUUUUUGUGUCGCGAAAUGUUAGCCGUGAUUGCCAGUAGAACAAAGUCAAAGACUGCACGAGUAGUGAGAAGCGCUAAUGUGAAGAAGAGCAAUGGUCUGGACGCAACAAUUUUACUGUACAUGCAUGUGUUUUCCUGACUUUUACUAGACAAAUCGGUUGGCUUCAAUAAUGACUUUCAAUGUUGUUCUUUAAGCAGGAAAAUUAGUUUGAAAUUGUUAAAAAAUAGAAAUUAUCCAGUUGAAAAGUGCGUUUCUAAUUUUCGUGAAAUGGUACUAUAUUUCACAUGUUAAACGUAAAAAGAGCUCUUUUUAUGUCAAAAGUGGCCAGAGAUGCACCGGUUAGUUUCGGCCGGAACCCCGAUUUUUCAGAGUUCCAGUUUCGGCUCGAACAAAUAAAAAUACAUGACCAAAUAUUGCUUAAUGAACCAGUUCCGGUUCCGGUCGGAAGUCCGGCCAAAUCCUGUUCUACCGGAACGUAAAAAUGGUUCGGUUGCACCCCUAUACGUGCCCCGACUUGCCCCUUUAGUCUCGUUACAUUUUAUUUUUUUAAUGCAACUACUCCUCAUUAUUGGAAAGAACUGAAAUCAAUUUAUGUAGUGCUGUUCUACUUAUAGGAACAUCCAGAUAUAAUUCAGCAUUCAACAAGAUGCUGACCCACAACGACAAAACAGGUAACUUUUUAUUUGUUUUUGGUUCUUAAGGUAUUUGCGAAACAAGAUUUAGUACAUUUUGACCAGGUCUUAGCGGUAUUUUUUUCAUAAAGAUGCAACUUACAGAUAUUUGUUGUAAAUGAUAGAACAGUUGCGAGGACCUCCUAGGAAUUUCCAAGGAAAUAGGGGAAGAGUUUUAGCAUUCAAUGAAUCGAAACGCUCACAUACAUCUGACUUGCAGUCCAUACCUACAACUAAAUCUGUGAUUUCUUAAGUUCAAAGCAUGGGCGUCAAUCAGGGUGGGGGUGGGGGUAUGGAGGACACGCGUCCCCCAGUUUUUGGAGUCGGGGGGACGAAUAUCUAAUUAUCCCCCUCCCACCACUUUUUGGCAUGUUUAAUGAAAUUUUGUUUCUUGGUUAUCUGAAAACCUAAUGCCUGGUAUGCUAUUCAUCAAAAAUUGUGAUUGAAAGGAGACAUUUAAUAAGAAGAAGCUAGUAUAGUACAACGUAUGAUCAAAUACUGCCAUCAUGCAUAUGUUAUGUAAAAUUGUAAAUACUUAAAAAUAAUUGCGUUUUAACUGAGUUUCCCUUAAAUAGAUGAUUAUCGUCAAAAUAAGGCAAGUCAUGCAAAUGGUUAAUUUAAUAGAUUAUUAUCAUUAAAAUAAGGGUGAGGACAUGUUAGCGCGCACUUCAUCGAGAGUAACGUCUGUUCACAUGCUAGGACAUGUUGGUUUUUAGCGUAUUUCGCACAUGGUUAAAAAUGAAUUUAAGAUCAUGCACAUUGUAAUAUAACUUUAUAAGUGCCUCUACAACGCUGGGAAUGCCGUUUCAGUGUGCCAAAAUUAAAAAAAAAAUUCAGGUAGCAUACCCCCGGACCUUCCUAGUUUGGAGUCCGCCCCCCCCCCCGAAUUUUUGGGAUAGAUUAAUGCCCUUGGUUAAACGACAGUGGCGUAGACAAGGAUGUGGCUGCCCCCACCCCGUGGCCAUAUUCCCCCCCACCUGAUAAAAUAUAUUGUAUGAAAAAGGGAGUCAUUGAUUAUACAGGGUGUCUAAAAAACGCAUUGGAAAUUCAACAGGCUGUCGUGCAUCAUAAACGUAGCUAAACAAUUCAAUUUUUACAUAGGACGAAAGAACAGUUAUUUAGCUUUUCAAUGAUACUUUUUUGAAUCGUAACGAUGAGAAAUGGCCACAUACUCGUCAAAUAAAAAUUGCCGGUCGAAAUCACAUUCUUCCACCGUUGGGAAUUGCAUGGAAAACGAAACGUAAACAAUUCCCAAGAGGGAAUUAAAAUUGAAUGUUAAAUUAUCUAAAGUAAACUCAACUCCUCACUCUCGAUCUUAGUGAGACCAUAAGAACGUCAUUAUUGCCUUCAUCAUGGUUCAUUAACUCCUGAACACAGAACAUUCGUAAUCAAAACGUUUUACGAAACAAGUACCUUGCAGGAGACUCGCGGUGCUUUUGGAUUGAUUAACUUUACAUAAUUAAUUAUUUUUAAUUCCCAACGGUGGAAGAAUGUGAUUUCGACCGAAAAUUUGUAUUUGACCAGUAUGUUGCCAUUUCUCAUCGUUACGGUUUAAGCAAUAUAUCAUAGUAAAUCUAAAUAACAGCUCUUUCGUCCUAUGUAAAAAUUGAAUUGUAUAGUUAAAUUUGUGAUGCACAAAAGCCUAUUGAAUUUUCAUAGCGUUUUUUUAAAACACCCUGUAUUGCUUCAUGUUGUGACCCGCCCCUUCGUAAAUUUGUCAAUGUUGUCGGAAUCUUCGUGGUGAAGCAUCGGAAAAUGUGAUAUGGAAAUCGGGAAAAGUGCCACGAAAGCAAUAGACAACUUGCAUGUUAGACAAAUUUUUGAUCUAGCCUAUCUAGGCAAAAAAAAAGUAAAUUCCCGCUAAGAACUUAUUAAAAUUAGUAAACUUGCAAAAUUUGACUGCGAAAUGUUGUAAAGCUUGGAAAAUAUAGCUUUGCAAAGUUUGCAUAUUUUCAGUAUAUUUGUAUUACGUGUGGAAAUUGUUACCAUUUUUGAGCCAAAAAUGGUAACAAUUUCGCUCGUAAUACAAAUAUACUGAAAAUAUGCAAACUUUGCAAGGCUAUAUUUUCCAAGCUUUACAACAUUUCGCAACCAAAUUUUGCACUUUUACUAAUUUCAAUAUGUUCUUUUUAGCUGUUGUGUCUGAUUCCCUUUUCUGUGCUUAGAUUAAAAUUUUGUCUAACAUGCAAGUUGUCCAUUGUAAUGUUAUUGUCCUGAAAAAAUUUUUACCAAAAAAGUUGUCGACUGGGGGGGGGGGGGCAGAUUUAAAAUGUUGUGGUCCGGAAAAUUUUUUGUCCCCACCUGGGUUUUUGCUGGCCCCCCUGUCCAAAAAUCCUGGCCACGCCUCUGUUCAAAGACCUCCUUAAAAACCACACUUGCCUAAAUAGGGAAAUCUACUGCUGAGAAGGCUAACUAUCAAAUUCGACGUACCAGUGUUAUUCGAAAUUAUGUUUCCUUGCUUUUUCUUAAGGUAAUUUGAAGAAUAGGUCGAAUAUAAUUUAUGGAAAGUAACGAAAUGCUUCUCCACGAUAUGAAAAUAAUGAAGAAACUACUCGUUGCUUUAAAAACUGACUUCGUUAGAAAUAAAAAGUACCGUGGCCAAAAUAUAUUUCGUCACGUCCCUAUACUUCUCAAAAAUAACACUCAUUUACAGCAACGGUGUUCAUUUACUUUUUUACUAUACCACUUCUUAGACCAUGUUUUUUUCUUCUUCUAAAUCUAUAGUUAUGUCACCAUUUCAUAAAAGAGGAUUUUACUUUGGCCAUAUGAUAGCUUGUGAAACUGGACGUAGCAUGUUCGACUUCACGGACUAUGGAUGUUUCUGUGGUUAUGGUGGUGAGGGGAAACCUGUUGAUGCACUGGACACGUAUGUACAUCUUUUACGAUAUCAAUUGCAAUAUUGGUAUCACUACCUCCGUCAGGUUAUGUUUCCAUCCGUGUUUUUAUGUCUUUCUGUCAGCACGUAAUUUUAUAUAUAGAAAUGUCGUAUAAAUUCGAAAAACAGUGAGACUAACGGACAUUCACAAGAACUAAUUGAUUAAAUUUUGCUUAAAUUAAUUUGGAUGCAAAUUGGAUAAGAAUUCGCAAAUGUUUGCCUUGGCUUGCCUGCAGAAUGUCAUGAAAUGUUUCAUUUACGCGAGAAACGGAAUCGUUUUUAUUUAUAAAUAAAAUCAUUAUAUAUAUAUAAAAAAAUUGAUGUCAGAUUGGCUAACAGGCAACUGACUGAGUGUGAAAUCGUGAAAUCAACUCCACUGCUGACCAAACAUGGAGCUUUACAUAAUAUUUAACGGAGUGACGUCAUACUGUUGAAUAUGAAUAUGAAAAUCUUAUUCAACAUUAUGACGUCAUCCAAUGAAAAUAAUAAUUAAAACGAAAAGUGAAAACACACCAAAAAAUAUGGCGCUAAAAAAAAAAUGACCAAACAAACAAAAAAUAUAACCAAAAUAUAAACAAAACAAAAAAUAACCAAAAAAAAAAAUAUAUAUAUAUAAGAAAUUUUUGGGAAACAAACUACAAUCAGUGACAAAACCUACCCGGACACUAUAAAUGGACAACUUGCAUGUUAGACUAAAUUUAAUUUAAUCUAAGUAAAGAAAAGGGAACCAAACAUCGCAGCUAAAAAGAACAUAAUGAAAUUAGCAAAAUUACAAAAUUUGGUUGCGAAAUGUUGUAAAGCUUGGAAAAUAUAGUCUUGCGAAAUUUGCAUAUUUCAGUAUGUUUGUAUUACGUGCGGAAAUUGUUACAUUUUUGAGCUGAAAAUGGUAACAAUUUCCGCACGUAAUACAAACAUACUGAAAAUAUGCAAAUUUCGCAAGGCUAUAUUUUCCGUACUUUACAACAUUUCGUAACCAAAUUUUGCAAUUUUACUAAUUUUAAUAAGUUCUUUACGCGAAUUUACUUUUCUUUGCCUAGAUCAAAAAUAAGUCUAACAUGAAAGUUGUUUUUAUCAUUCUUGAUACAAUUCACUAAAAACAGCGCCUUGUCCCCCCCCCCCUCCGCUUGAGUGUUGGUUAAAGAAUAUUUCCACUCUGGAAAAUAAGCAGCGGAUCGGACCAGAUCGGAACAAAAUAAAAUCCGCUCAUCCGCAAUCAGUAGAAAUGUUUGGUUCCGUUUGAUCCGGUGACGUUGCUGGCCGAAUAAUAAAAAAUUGAAAUGUUUUCAACUUUAUUUGGUCUGGUCCUGCGGAUUAAACUUGUCGACAAAUGCCCUAUUAUCUCACAUAAAUUAAAAUAAUUAAAUAAUACCUAUAUAAUGUAACAAGCUCCAUUUUUUCCUUUUGCGAUCCGGCCAUUCACACUUAUCCUUUUACUGGAAAUCGCUUGUUCAAUCGGACCAGAUCGGAAAACGUCUAUAUAUGUAGGUGUUUUGAUCUUCCUUACGAGUAUGAGCCGGCCAAGCAGAAAAUUUAUUUUACUUGACAACGGCUGGGAAUCGAACCCGCGACUUUCACAUUUCUAGAACGACGUUCUACCAUCUGAGCUACAAGGCCAAGUUGGGAACAAUGUGUUAUUUAAUUUUUUCUGUGUUGGUCUAAUGUACUCAGGUGAAUAUGAUGCAUGUGAUGUCACUCUGAGUGAAGGUCCACACCGGACAAGCUUGAAAAAUAUGCCUGCCACGGUGGGAAUCGAACCUACGACCUUUGGAAUACUAGCCCAAUGCUCUGCCAACUGAGCUACACGAUCAGGUCGGUUCGAAUAUGUCAUAUUUCGGAACUGAAUAUAGUUCCUAUUUGUGAUGUUAAUGACAUGAACGAAUUUCUUCCCUUCCAGCUAUUAAUUCAGCGAACGUUUUAUAUGAUUUUUUUCUGGAGAUUCUAUUCGUGUUGUAAUGUGUAGGUGUUUUGAUCUUCUUACGCGUAUAAGCUGGGCAAGAAGAAAAUUAAUUCUACUUGAGCACGGCCGGGAAUCGAACCCGGGACCUUCGCAUUUCUAGAACGACGCUCCACCUUCUGAGCUACAAAGCCAAGUUGGGAACGAUAUUGAUUUCGAGUAUUUGAUAUCAAGUAUUUUUUUCAUUAUUCUACAUUAUGGGUACACAAGGAAUCUAUAUAUAGAUAACAAAAACUUGGUACCAUAAGCAGUUUUACGAAAUUGCGAACAAUUUCAAAUCUGUUCAUUUUUUAAUACACCUUGUAUAUAUUUAUUGUUUUAGCUGCUGUAAAAUACACGACAAUUGUUACAGUCGUCUUCACAGUGUUUGCAGAUAUCCGUCGUCGACCUACAUCGUCACUUACAAAUAUAGUAGCUGCUCCAACUGCG